UUUCACAGCUAACAUACAAAAUACAUUUAUCUUAGAGCAGGUCAAUUACACCGCACACAUAAUACUAGGAGGCAAACUUGACUAUGAACAGGUGCAAGAAUAUAGAAUUACGAUACGAGCAAUGAAUUUCAGAGGCUUGAAAGCAGAUGCAACAAUGCUCAUCAAGGUCCUAGACGAGAACGAUAACAUUCCAGAGUUUAUAGGAGACUCGAAUGGAGUUAUUCUCGAGCACGAGCCAGCAGGCACGUUCGUGAUGCAAGUAAAGGCACAUGAUAAUGACGGGACAUCGGCCCACAACAUCGUAUCGUAUCGGCUCGAGGGUACUGCUCGACAGUAUUUCCACAUUGACAGUAAAACUGGCAACAUUACGUCAUUGGUGGAGUUCGAUCGUGAGGCGAAGGAUAUUUAUCCUGUAACUGUGGUUGCCGAAGAUAACUCACCGUCCGUGCUGUUCAAUAAUGGAAAGCCAAACAGUGCAGUAAAACAGUUGUUCAUAAGAGUUUUGGACAAAAACGAUCAUCCGCCACAGUUCGAUGAACAAUAUUACGAGGUGAACAACAUACCAGAAGACGCUGACAUCAAUACAAGUGUUAUCAAGGUGAAGGCAACGGAUCUGGACAAAGAUCCCAAGAUUAAAUACAGCAUAAUAGAGAAUAACAUUGGAAAGGCAUUUAAGAUCGAUGAGGACACCGGUCUUAUUUCAGUUAACAAAAAGCUCGACUAUGAAUCGAUUCAAGAAUACGAUUUAGUCGUGCAGGCCCAUGACGGACUUUUUAAAAGCACAACCAACGUACGGAUUCAAAUAAAAAAUCUGAAUGACAUUGCACCGCAAAUUUUGACCUUAACAAACGUCACGAUCAAGGAAAACACCAUUCCUUCGGAUUGUAUUGCAAAUUUGUGGGCCUAUGAUCCAGACAUCGAGAAUUUCGAGUACCCACAAAACAUACAAUAUGCACUUCCGAAAGAGCACCAGUACCUCUUAAGCAUCGACGACAAAGGAUGUCUUAAACUGCUCCAGCCUCUUGAUCGUGAUCAUCCACAUGGGCAUGAGGUGUUACAAAUCAAUGUUACCAUUACAGAUGAAAACGGUAAGGGAAGAACGGCGAUGAAAACAGUUUACAUCUUCGUUGAAGACAUUAACGACAACGCGCCCCAGCUUACCACUAGAAUGCCAGUUGUGUGGAGCGAGAACCGCCCUUCAGCCAUGAUCACGAAGCUGACUGCAGAAGACGCUGAUGGAGAGCACAAUGGACCGCCGUUCUUCUACAGCGUCGAUCCCGACGCCCCAACCGAGAUCAAAAAUCGCUUCCAGACUGUAGGUGAUGAGCUGUAUUCAUUGGUGGAGUUUGAUCGCGAGCAGCAGAAACAAUACUUGGUACCGAUACUGAUUCGAGACUCGGGUCACAAACCGAUGAGCGCCGUCAGCAAACUGUUGGUGGUGAUUGGUGACAAAAAUGACAACGAAAUGCAAAUGAGCCAGAGCCACAUUCUCGUCAACAAUUACGAAGGCAAGCUAGCAGAUACGCAGAUAGGUCGAGUGUAUGUCAGCGAUCCAGAUGAUUGGGAUGUAUCAGAUAAGAUGUUCCUUUGGGAUGAGAUGACGCCUGAGACGAAUAGGAAGCUCUUCAAACUCAACAUCAACACCGGAAUGAUCACGAUGAUAAAAGGCACACCCGAAGAAAUAUACAAUCUAGGAUUCACCGUGAUUGAAGAAUCAUCCUAUUUUCCACGGCACAACGUAUCUGCUCGAGUGACGGUGACAGUGAAGAACAUCUCGGCAAAAACAGUCAACCAGAGUGGAUCGAUUCGCUUCUACAAUGUAACGGCUGAGACAUUCAUAUCUCAGACACUGGGUGAGCUCAACACACCCAUGUAUCGACUUCAGGAAAGCAUUGCAAGCAUUCUGGAUACCAGCCCAGAUCAGGUGGACAUAAUCACGAUCAACAAUCGUAAGCUUGCCCGGGGUGCAUUCUUGGACGUGUUCUAUGCGUUAGAUGAUACUAUUUACACAUCGUCAGAGGUCUUAAAUGCAGUGUUAAGUUUGCAUCUACGCAAAUUGGAGGAGGACGUCGGGUAUCGGAUUGUGAUGGUUGGCAUAGAUGAGUGCAUCGAGAAAGGACAUACAUGUACACAGACAUGCAAGAACAAGGUCCUUAAAACAGCAAAACCAUUCGUAGUGCACACCAACACUAGCUCGUUUGUGGGAAUGACCACCUUGGUGCAAGCAGAGUGCAUCCCACAGAUAGAAUCUUCGUUGGUAGCAUGCUUCAACGGUGGUACUUUCCAGAAUGGUAAAUGUAAAUGUCCCAUGGGAUUCGAAGGUCCCCAGUGUGAGAAAUUGGACAUCUGUUUUGAUGGAAGUGGGUAUGCAAUCUAUCCAUCGAUCAACAGUGGAAACGUUAACAACAUCAGCAUUGAGUUAUUGCCCCGACAAAAAGACGGGUUGGUAUUCUACAUGGGUCCUCUGAAGUAUGACCCAUCUUUAAAGGCACCACCAUUUCUGGCAUUGGAAAUCAACGAUGGUAUGUUGGUCCUACUAUUGGACUAUGGAACUGGGACGAACCGUUUCGAGCAUCAACAAACAGUUGUACACGAGAUUAUUAAAGUUCAGGUUAUUUUACAGCCAUAUAAGAUUGAGAUAAAAACGAACAAUAAGAUGAUAUCUGCUAACUUUUAG